CAAACAUUCUACUGGCAAACUGUGCAGUACGGCCACUCAUUGGGGGUGUCUCCUGGAAACUGAUCUUGGAUUUGAGAUUUUCUCUUGAUCGCAAAAUGAAACUAGGUCCACGUUGUCUUGAAGAAUCAAGCUCAGCAGGCAGCUCCUCCUGCGGCCUGACUACGCACUGAGACUCUACUGGAACUCUCUGGCCAUUUUUGCUGUUGGCUCAGGCCAGGCCUCAUCACCUCUUCCUGAGUGCUAUACAGAAACUUCCCUUGGAAGCACCGUGGCUCACCGUUAGCGGCUCCGUUUCACGCUUGCUGUAUCUCCAGCAUGGCAACGCCACUCCAGGCUUUAAGUCACUCAGAUCCAGGAAGGCUUGCCGACAGCCAAACCAAAGAGGCCUGUGAGAUGAAACCACCAGAAACCGGGCACCUAGCACCUCUAUCAGCUCAGGAAAAUGUCCCAGGGGCCCGUUUUGAUCCACCUCUUGAAGUGGUUCCUACCAGGAACCCAAUCACAUACAACAAUAAGGCAACGGACCAAGUCCAUCCUGACCUUGCCAGCUUGUUGGUGAAAAACAAGACUCUUUUAGCUGAGCUGAGAAAUCUUCAAAGCAAGCUUUUCAUCAAAGAAACUUCAUUGCAAGAAGUGAAGACCGAGUUAGAGAGUUACAAAGAGAGUAAUGCCCAGCAGUUGCUACAGAUAAUGUCCCUGAGAGACGACAUCAAGAACCUGCAGGACCUUAUCGCUUCUCUAAUGAAAAUUAAGAUUUUGAAAAACACAAAUUCUCAGAAUCUUGGAAGAGGCAACUGGGACCUAACUGAACGAGUUAUAGACCUAGAGAAUCGCCUAAGAGAACACCUGGUGGACAGAGAGAAGGCAGGACGGCAUGCAGAGCCGGAGAAAAGGUGGCCCUGCUCCAGCAGAUUCUCUUCCUGUAUGCAUCCAAAAGGACCAGAAGAUUCCUUGGAUAUUUUCCCUGUGAAGGACAAUGGCGAAGCUUUCGACUUUGAGAGAGACAUUGUUUACUCUGAAGGACCAUCUGACGGGCAAAACAUUGUGGGUAAAUACCAACAAGAUCUGCUCCACAAAGAAAGAUUAGCCUCUGAGUUCGACAGACCUCCCUACUCCUGCAGCUGGGAAGCCACACCCGAGCAAGCCCAUCACCAGGAUUUCCUUGGCCAGUUGGCUACUCUCCUGAGUGACAGCAUUGGCCCCAUACUAGCCACAGAGGAAGCAGUGAAGGAGAGGAUCCAGGAAAUGGGUGCAAAUGAGCAGCUGUGGAAAUCUAAAACCGAAGCCCUGCAGCAGGAAACUCAGAUGCUCACUGAGAGACUGGAGCAGCUGUACCACCUUUAUGAAGAAGCUGCUGCAAGGCUGCCCCAAACUGAGGGAAGUUACACUGGACAGAAAAGACCCCUGCAACACCUGGAAGGGCAGGCUGCCGUCAACUACUCCCCGAGGAGUUUCGACACGGGCAGGAAGAAGGAAAACUCCAGGACUCGGCCUGCCCAGACAGAUAAACACAGGAAGUUCAAACAGUUAGAAAUGUUAUUGGAUAUCGAGCAGAACUCGAAGAUGGCUGCAGCCCCAAGAAUGGAGGAGAAAAUCCAGAGACUCCAGAAGCAGCUUAGCGAUUUGAAAUUGUCAAAUAAAAACAUGAAAACUCAGCUGACAAGAAUAAAUGUCCUUAAAGACAAGACAAUUGAGAGGCUCAGGCAAUCUGUAACGAAAGUUGAAGCCGUGAAGGACAAGACCGCUGUCAAAACAGACAACCUGAAAACCGCAUCAGACUCGGCAGCGCAGGCAGCGAGAGCGGAGAAGGAGAGGGUCCGCCAGGUGCCAGCCCCGGGCCCUCCUGAGCCCCCCCCCACCAUCAGGAGUGCACCGCAGGGCGUCUCAGGACGAGAGCAAGAGCUUGCCGACUUUCGAGAAACCAUUAUGAAGAUGUUGGGAUUGAACAUGAAAACAGCAGACAAGGAAGCCAUUAAUCAGCUGAAACUUGUCGUCCAAGUUUAUGAAAUCUCCAACAGGGUAAAGGCAGCCUCUCACUGUGAGACCGGACAGGACAAGUGAGCACGUUCAGCCUCUACUUGCUGUCAAGAACUUAAUAUGUUCUUACGGCGCUGUGAAAAUAGUUGCCUUGUGAAUAAAACGCACUGGGAAAGUUUCACCUACAA